AAAUGAUGAACAUUUUGAUGCAGAAUUUACGAAUCUCGUGUUUGAUUCCGGUCCUGCGGAGAAAAUCUAUUCAAGGUUUCUGCUGUAUAAAUUCAGAUCUAAUGGCCGAUUCCGCGCACUUUCAGUUUGGCCCGCUACAAACGUUUCCUGCCGUAAAUUUUGAUUGUCACAGUAGUGCGGAAGCAAUGGCCGGAAAAGUACCAAAAAUCAAGUUCAACAAUGGACAAGAAUUUCCCGUUUUCGGUUUGGGCACAUGGAAGUCAAAGCCUGGUGAGGUCACCCAAGCAGUAAAAGACGCUUUGGACAUUGGUUACCGUCACAUCGACUGCGCACAUGUUUACGGCAAUGAACCUGAAGUUGGUGAAGCCCUUAAGGCCAAAUUCGCCGAUGGAACCGUCAAAAGAGAAGAUGUUUACAUCACCAGUAAACUCUGGAACACCAUGCACAGACCAGACUUAGUAGAGCCAGCAAUCAGAAAAACCUUAUCAGACUUGGGACUCCAACAGUUAGACUUAUACCUGAUCCAUUGGCCUUUUGCCCUUAAAGAAGAAGGUGAGCUUAUGCCUGUUGACGCCAAUGGCAAAUGUGCUUUCAGCGACGUCGACUAUGUAGACACCUGGAAAGCCAUGGAGCAGUUAGUGGCAAAAGGCCUCACCAAAUCCAUUGGUAUUUCAAACUUCAACAAAAAACAAGUCGAAAGAUUAUGGGCUGCUGCUACCAUCAAACCAGUAACCAACCAAAUUGAAGUCCACCCCUACCUCAACCAAAAGAGACUAAUUGAAUUCUGUCAAUCUAAAGGUAUGGUCGUGACAGCUUACAGUCCUUUGGGUUCACCAGACAGGCCGUGGGCCAAGCCUGGCGAUCCCCAAUUGUUGGACGACGUUAAAAUCCAGGAAAUCGCCAAGAAAUAUGGCAAAACUCCAGCUCAAGUUGUGAUCAGAUACGGCCUCCAAAGGAACUUGAUCGUUAUUCCUAAAUCGGUCACCAAGUCCAGAAUCGCUCAGAACUUUGACAUUUGGGACUUUAAGCUUUCGGCUGAAGAUAUGGCCCAUUUGGACACUUUUGACUGCAACGGCAGGAUUUGUCCUUAUGAUGAUGCCUACGACCACAAAGAUCAUCCAUUUAUUCGUGAUGAAUAUUAAAUUUAAGUUUUGGAUUCGUUGAAACCAUCAAUAUUGUUAUCUUCAAAAGGAAACUGUUAUUUUUAUAAAAUAAAUUUAUUAUUAAUAGA